CUCUUGACCUUGCAGGUUACUGACCCAAUGAAUGUUUCUGCGCCAUACUCCAGCUUUUCUUCUGUAAGAGAAUUUAUACUCCUAGGUUUUUCUUGUGAGUGGAAGAUUCAGAUCCUUCUCUUCUCACUCUUCACCACAACAUAUGUUUUGACUGUAACAGGGAAUGGGGCCAUUGUUUGUGCUUUGUGGUGUGAAUGCCGACUCCAUGUCCCCAUGUACAUUUUCCUGGGAAAUUUCUCCUUUCUAGAGAUUUGGUAUGUCUCUUCUACAGUUCCCAAGAUGCUGGUCAAUUUCAUCUCAUAUAAAAAGACCAUCUCCUUUACUGGAUGUUUCCUCCAAUUUUAUUUCUUUUUCUCUUUGGGAACAUCUGAAUGUUUCCUCUUGGCUGUCAUGGCCCUUGAUCGGUACCUUGCUAUCUGCCAUCCCUUGCACUACCCUAACGUCAUGACUGGACACUUCUGUACCAAACUUGUCAUUAUCUGUUGGGUUUGUGGAUUUCUGUGGUUCCUGAUCCCCAUUGUAUUCAUCUCUCAGAUGCCCUUCUGUGGUCCAAACAUUAUUGACCAUGUUGUAUGUGACCCAGGGCCACUGUUUGCAUUGGCAUGUACCUCUGCUCCAACAAUCCAACAGCUUUGCUAUACUUUAAGCUCAUUAAUUAUCUUUGGUAACUUCCUUUUUAUCCUUGGGUCCUAUACACUUGUCCUAUUAGCUGUGUUGCGUAUGCCUUCAGCCACUGGGAGACACAAGGCCUUCUCAACCUGUGGGUCUCAUUUGGCUGUGGUAUCACUAUUCUAUGGCUCUCUGAUGAUCAUGUAUGUGAGCCCAGGACUUGGGCAUUCUGCUGGUAUACAGAAAGUUGCAACUUUGUUCUAUGCUAUGGUAACUCCAUUCUUCAACCCCCUCAUCUAUAGCCUUCGGAAUAAGGAGAUAAAAGCAGCCCUGAGGAAAGUUCUGGGGCAUCUCAGUAUCAUCCAAACUAUACUGGAUAAUCCCCCCAUUAUCAGAAAAGAAAAAGACAUCUCAAGUCAUCCACAGACAAAAAAAAAAAAAGCACUGGUACCCGGAAAGAUUCAGCACAUUCUCUGUACUGGAAAACUUUGCACCAAAGAGAGGUAUGACUGUCUCAAGACUCUGACCAGUGAUGUUCAUAUAGUAACAGGAGUCUUUCAUGAGAAUCUGAAUUAUACAGAACAAAAAGUUGUGACUGCUGGGCAGUUCAAAUUUGGUUUGAUCCAUACGCAACAUGUAAGAGACAUGACCAGCUUAGCCCUAUUAAGGCAGUUUGAUGAGGACAUUCGUAACUCAAGAUACACAAACAAAUUUGAAGCAUUUGAGCAUGAAAAAAAAUUUUACAUUAACCCAGGUUUUGCCACUGAAGCAUAUAUUCUUAGCAAAAACAUUACUCCUUAAUUUGUAUCAAUGGAUAUUCAGGCUUCUACAGUUGUCCUUUACAUGUAUCAGCUAAUUGGAGAUGAUGUAAAAGUAAAAGGAAUUGAAUACAAAAACAUCUUAAAGGCAGGCCUGUCCUGCUGGGUUUUUUAA